AACGAGAGAACGCGGGCAAGGAAGCCCAGAAGGCGGAUGGGAUGGCGCAGGAAGAGGAGACUUACUAUGGCAAGCACGGGACACCACAUAAAUAUGACCCAACUUUCAAAGGCCCCAUUUAUGACAGGAGCUGCACAGAUAUCAUCUGCUGUAUCUUGCUACUGGUUGCAAUUGGGGGCUAUGUUGCAGUGGGUAUUGUGGCAUGGACACAAGGAGACCCUCGUAAGGUGAUUUAUCCAACAGAUAGCCGUGGUCAGUUCUGUGGCCAAAAGGGCACACCCAAUGAGCAGAAGCCUUACUUGUUCUACUUCAACAUCAUGAAAUGUGCUAGCCCUUUGGUGUUGCUGGAAUUUCAGUGUCCUACUACACAGAUCUGUGUGAGCAAGUGUCCAGAUAGGUAUCUCACUUUUCUAAAGGCCUCCAGUAUCGAUCACACAGCAACCCAGGAACUAAAAUAUUAUCAACAGUUUUGUGUCCCAGAGUUUACCGAUCUGAAGAAGAGUGCGCCUGAAGUGUUGAAAGAUGGUGAAUGCCCAGCCAUGCUUACACCAAGCAAGCCCUUGGCUCAUAGAUGUUUACCUGCAAUCAACAGCAAGCAAGGUGUUAUCAUGGUUGGAAAUGCAACAACUUUUGAUGAUGGAAGUGGAAGUGAGAAGAAAAGGAAUGUGACAGAACUUCUGGAAGGGGCCAAAAAAGCAAAUGUCCUUCUGGAGACAAGACAAGUAGCUAUGAAAAUCUUCGAAGAUUACACCGUUUCCUGGUACUGGAUAAUAACAGGUCUCGUGAUUUCCAUGGUAGUCAGCCUUGUAUUUAUUGUUCUGCUCCGGUUCCUGGCAGGGAUCAUGAUUUGGGUGAUGAUUGUACUGGUGAUCCUGGUGCUUGGAUAUGGAAUCUUUCAUUGUUAUAUGGAAUAUGCUCAUCUGAAAGGACAGGCUGGUUCUGAUGUCUCCUUGAUGGAGCUUGGAUUCCAGACAGAUUUUCGUGUCUAUCUCCACCUGAAACAAACCUGGUUAGCUUUCAUGAUCAUCCUGUGCAUUAUGGAAGUUAUCAUUAUUCUACUGCUUAUCUUCUUGCGCAAGAGAAUCCUCAUUGCUAUUGCACUUAUCAAGGAAGCUAGCAGGGCUAUCGGACACAUCAUGACAUCACUUCUGUUUCCACUCUGUACUUUCUUUCUGGUGUGUCUCUGCAUUGCUUAUUGGGCUAGUACUGCUGUUUUCUUGUCUACUUCUAACGAAGCUGUCUACAAGGUGUUUAAUGAUACAGAAUGCCAAUAUGCUGGAACAACUUGCAACCCAGAGACCUUCAGUACUUCCAAUGUCACGAAGCUGUGCCCAGGAGCACAUUGCCUCUUUGCCUUCUAUGGUGGUGAGACUUCCUACCACAAGUACCUCAUCAUCUUUCAGAUUUUCAAUAUUUUCAUGUUCUUUUGGCUGGCCAACUUUGUCAUUGCUUUGGGCCAAGUUACACUCGCUGGGGCCUUUGCAUCAUACUACUGGGCUUUUAAAAAACCUGAUGAUAUGCCAGCAUUUCCCCUCUUCUCCUCAUUUGGCCGAGCACUCAGGUAUCACACUGGUUCACUGGCCUUUGGAUCCCUGAUUCUUGCCAUUGUCCAGGUCAUUCGAGUCAUUCUGGAAUACUUAGAUCAUAAACUAAAAGCUUCUGAGAAUAUGUUUGCCAAGUUCCUUUUGACCUGUUUCAAAUGCUGCUUCUGGUGCCUGGAGAAGUUCAUCAAGUUUUUGAAUAGAAAUGCAUACAUUAUGAUUGCUAUUUACGGUACCAAUUUCUGCACUUCUGCCAGGAAUGCCUUUUCCUUGCUCAUGAGGAACAUAAUCAGGGUGGCUGUUUUGGACAAAGUCACUGAUUUCCUGUUUUUCCUUGGAAAAAUCCUAAUUGUGGGAAGUGUUGGUAUCCUUGCUUUCUUUUUUUUCACCCAAAGAAUAAAGCUGAUUCAAGACACAGCACCAACUCUCAAUUAUUACUGGGUCCCCAUUCUGACAGUGAUUGUGGGUUCCUACCUCAUUGCACAUGGAUUUUUCAGUGUAUAUGCCAUGUGCGUGGACACACUUUUCCUUUGCUUUUUGGAAGACCUGGAGCGUAAUGAUGGCUCUACUGAGAAGCCUUACUUCAUGUCAUCUAACCUGAGAAAACUCCUGAAGAAGACUAAUAAACAGACAGAUGCAUGAUUUGGCAAGCCUGUCUUUCUGUGAGACAGAAUGUAAUGUGCCAACUUGACUUUUGUCAAGAUAGAGCAGCAUCUGCAAGAUUACAAUAUCUGCUAGCCCUAGCUGUGCCAUAUAACUGUAGCUUGGGCAAAAUUAGACACCUCUCUUCUUGUAUCUUUUGGUUUUCGAGUGUAGAGGUUUUUGUUUCUUUUGCCAUUUAAAGUGAUAAAUUAGCCACAUGUUAUAAUAAAUAUAGUUUAGGAAUACAGCAUAAUAAAUCAGAUUGAGAUCUGUUAAGACUGAGACCAGUUAAGAAAACCAUCCAUCCUAUUGGAACCAGGACUAUAUAAACAUUGGAUUAGCAAUUCUUGCUUGCUAAUACAGACCGAGUAAAUGGUAUAGAAUAGACAGUGGUAAAUGUAAGUGAUCUAGUGAAACUGCAUUUGAUCCAGUUUAGUUAUUAACCAUGUGUUCCAAAAGUUUUUAUUUUUCUUGUAAUGGCAUUUUUAUGCAAUCAUUGACCACUUAAAAAGGUCACCUUAAAGGUCUCUCCCAGGAAGGGUUUUCAUAUUAUAUACUAAUGUUUAUGGAAAAAUCUAUUUUCUAAAAUAUACUUCACUGCCACUUCCACAUCCCCAA